AUGGAGACCCGAGUGCACCAAAACCAACCUGGAGUGACUGAGCAUCCGUCAAACCGGAGGCCCCCAAUUCUAGAUCAAUUAAAGCUGAAUUGCGACAGAGCAUACAACAAACUAAAGAACAAAGCAGCGUUGGGGGAUAUUAUCAGAGAUGAGAAGGGAGCUGUCAUAGAUGGCAAAACAAAGGAUAUUCAGCCAACGUCUAGCCGUUUCUCAGAGGUUGUUGCUGUGAGGGAGGCAUGUCUGAUGGCCUGUACUAUGCAAUUGAACAAUGCAGGAAUUGAGAGCGACAACAAAGAAGUUAUUCUGCUAAGUGAAAAUGAGGAUGAUCCACCAUGGUAG